AUGUCGGGCCAACCGCAAGGUCAUUAUGAUGAUGGCUACGGCCAGGAGCAAUACGCCCACGAUGCUCAAUAUCGUGAUGAUCACAACCAGGGCUAUAACGAUCAAUAUGACUACAACCAGCAGCAACCAGUUGCAGCAGAUGGUUACUAUGAUGAAUCUGGUUACUACAAUGCCGAUGCCAAUAACCCCUACCAGCAAGAUGGCGGAUACUAUGAAGGUCAUCAACAAGGCUACCAGGACGGAUAUUAUGAUGACCAAUAUUAUGACCAGGGAGCUGGUGGUCAUCAGCCACCCCAUCAAGGACAAAGACGGCGGAGAGGUCAAGAUUCAGAGGAAGAUUCUGAAACUUUCAGCGACUUCACUAUGAGGUCUGAUAUGGCCAGAGCCGCAGAAAUGGAUUACUACGGACGUGGAGAUGAGCGUUACCACAGCGGGUAUGAGAGCCAAGGUGGUCGCGGCUACCGACCACCUUCUUCACAAAUCUCUUAUGGAGGUAACCGAUCUUCUGGCGCCUCUACUCCGGUCUACGGCAUGGAGUACGGCAAUGCACUUCCUGCUGGCCAACGUUCUCGAGAGCCGUACCCUGCAUGGACAUCCGAUGCUCAGAUUCCUCUGUCAAAGGAAGAACUCGAAGAUAUUUUCUUGGAUUUGACGGCCAAAUUUGGUUUUCAACGAGACAGCAUGCGGAACAUGUACGACCACAUGAUGACACUCCUAGAUUCCCGUGCAUCUCGCAUGUCACCAAACCAAGCUCUUCUCUCGCUUCACGCUGACUACAUUGGAGGUGAUAAUGCAAAUUACCGCCGAUGGUACUUUGCUGCACAUCUCGAUCUUGACGAUGCCGUCGGCUUCGCAAACAUGAAGUUAGGGAAAGCCAACCGCAGAACGCGCAAAGCUCGUAAAGCAGCCAAGAAGAAGGCAAAGGAGAAUCCUCAGAACGAAGAGCAGACCUUAGAGUCUCUUGAAGGCGAUAACAGUCUGGAGGCGGCCGAGUAUCGUUGGAAGACCCGCAUGAACCGCAUGUCUCAGCAUGAACGCGCUCGACAGAUUGCUUUGUACCUGCUCUGUUGGGGCGAAGCCAACCAAGUUCGCUUCAUGCCUGAGGCUUUGUGCUUUAUCUUCAAAUGCGCAGACGAUUAUUUGCAGUCCGCAGCAUGUCAACAGCGCGUUGAACCAGUAGAGGAGUUUACCUACCUCAAUAAUGUUAUUACGCCUCUCUACCAGUACUGUAGAGAUCAGGGUUACGAGAUCGCAGAAGGCAAAUACGUCCGUCGAGAACGAGACCACAAUAAAGUUGUCGGCUAUGAUGAUAUCAACCAGCUUUUCUGGUAUCCUGAAGGUAUCGAGCGAAUCGUCAUGACCGACAAGUCACGCAUCGUUGACAUCCCUCCUGCCGAGCGAUAUCUCAAGCUUCAAGAAGUGAACUGGAAAAAGGUCUUCUUCAAGACGUACAAAGAGACUCGCUCCUGGUUCCAUAUGUUGGUCAACUUCAACCGUAUCUGGAUCAUCCACAUCACCGCCUUCUGGUUCUAUACUGCCCAAAAUUCUCCAACUCUCUAUACUAGGGACUACAAACAGCAAGUCAACAAUCCUCCUGAGAGAGCUGCUCAGUGGUCUGCUGUUGCCCUCGGUGGUGGUCUUGCCUGCCUGCUAAACAUCAUCGCCACAGUAUUCGAAUGGGCAUAUGUUCCUCGGCGCUGGGCUGGUGCACAGCAUCUAACAAAGAAAUUGCUGUUCUUGAUCGUCAUGUUCGUCAUCAACAUUGGACCUAGUGUUUACAUCUUUGGCAUCCAAUCCACCGGCACCAUCGCAAAUGCUAUUGGAAUAGUCCAGUUUGUGAUUGCGCUUGCCACGUUCUUCUUCUUCUCGGUUAUGCCCCUCGGUGGGCUUUUCGGGAGUUAUCUGACCAAGAAUUCACGUCAGUACGUUGCCAGCCAAACGUUCACCGCGUCAUAUCCUCGACUGAAAGGCAACGAUAUGUGGAUGUCGUACGGUUUGUGGGUCCUAGUCUUCGGUUUCAAAUUUUUGGAAUCCUGGUUUUUCUUAACCCUUUCCUUCCGUGACCCCAUUCGAAUUUUGUCGACAAUGACGAUCGGAAGAUGCGCCGGCGACAAAUAUCUUGGCUCCACGCUUUGCUAUUACCAGCCAAGAAUCCUGUUAGGGGUGAUGUUCUUCACAGACUUGUGCUUGUUCUUCUUGGAUACCUAUCUGUGGUAUAUCAUCUGGAACACCGUAUUCUCUGUGUCCCGCUCCUUCUAUCUCGGCGUCUCUAUCUGGACUCCCUGGAGGAACAUCUUUUCCCGACUACCGAAGCGUAUCUACUCCAAGGUUCUGGCGACCACCGACAUGGAGAUCAAGUACAAGCCGAAGGUGCUUAUUUCACAGAUUUGGAACGCCAUCGUCAUUUCCAUGUACCGUGAGCAUCUUUUGGCAAUCGACCACGUCCAAAAGCUGCUCUACCAUCAGGUCCCUUCCGAGCAAGAAGGCAAACGCACACUUCGAGCACCCACCUUUUUUGUCUCUCAAGAGGACAAUUCUUUCAAGACUGAGUUCUUUCCAACACAGAGCGAAGCAGAACGCCGAAUCUCUUUCUUUGCCCAGUCUCUAUCAACUCCCAUGCCUGAGCCUUUGCCAGUGGACAACAUGCCAACUUUCACUGUUCUCAUUCCCCAUUACGGCGAGAAGAUCCUGCUCUCACUCCGGGAGAUUAUUCGAGAAGAUGAACCAUAUUCGCGCGUCACACUUCUUGAGUAUCUGAAACAACUGCAUCCUCAUGAAUGGGAUUGCUUCGUCAAAGACACCAAGAUUUUGGCUGAUGAGACCUCUCAAUUCAAUGGAGAUUAUGAGAAGAGUGAGAAGGACGCUGCCAAGAGCAAGAUUGACGACCUACCCUUUUAUUGCAUCGGUUUCAAAUCUGCUGCUCCUGAAUACACUUUGCGUACCCGGAUCUGGGCAUCGCUCCGAUCUCAAACUUUGUACCGCACCAUCUCUGGUUUUAUGAACUACAGCCGUGCUAUCAAGCUAUUAUACCGCGUUGAGAACCCUGAGGUUGUUCAAAUGUUCGGUGGCAACUCUGACAAACUCGAGCGAGAGCUUGAACGCAUGGCUCGACGCAAGUUCAAGAUUGUGGUUUCAAUGCAACGGUAUGCCAAAUUCAAGAAAGAGGAGCGAGAGAACACCGAGUUCUUGCUUCGUGCUUACCCAGAUCUCCAAAUUGCGUACCUAGAUGAGGAGCCACCUUUGAAUGAGGGUGAAGAGCCUCGCCUCUACUCCUCACUUAUCGAUGGUCACUCGGAGCUCUUGGAGAACGGUAUGCGCCGACCGAAAUUCCGAAUUCAGCUUUCGGGCAAUCCAAUUCUCGGUGAUGGCAAGUCUGACAAUCAGAAUCAUUCGAUCAUCUUCUACCGCGGCGAGUAUAUCCAGCUUAUCGAUGCCAAUCAGGACAACUAUCUCGAAGAAUGUCUCAAGAUUCGAAGCGUCCUGGCAGAGUUCGAGGAGAUGACCACCGAUAAUGUUUCCCCAUAUACCCCCGGUCUUCCACCUUCGGGAACUGCACCUGUUGCUAUCCUUGGAGCGCGUGAAUAUAUCUUCUCGGAGAACAUUGGUAUUCUUGGUGAUGUUGCCGCAGGGAAAGAACAGACAUUUGGCACACUAUUUGCUCGUACGCUCGCACAGAUUGGUGGCAAAUUGCAUUACGGCCAUCCCGAUUUUCUGAACGGUAUCUUCAUGACUACCCGAGGUGGUGUCUCCAAGGCGCAAAAAGGCCUACACCUCAACGAAGAUAUUUAUGCUGGUAUGAACGCCCUGGUCCGUGGUGGACGCAUCAAACACUGUGAAUAUUAUCAGUGUGGCAAAGGACGAGAUCUUGGGUUCGGCUCCAUUCUCAAUUUCACCACCAAGAUUGGUACUGGUAUGGGAGAGCAAAUGCUUUCUCGUGAGUACUAUUAUCUCGGCACGCAGCUUCCCCUCGAUCGCUUCCUGUCUUUCUAUUACGCGCAUCCUGGCUUCCACAUCAACAACUUAUUCAUCAUGCUCUCGGUACAGCUUUUCAUGAUCUGUUUAAUUAACCUGGGGGCGCUUCGCCACGAGACCAUCCUCUGCAGUUAUGAUCGAAACGUGCCAAUCACAGACCCACUGUAUCCUACUGGGUGCGCAAACUUGACGCCUAUCCUGCAGUGGGUCGAGCGUUGUAUCGUCUCCAUCUUCAUUGUCUUCUUCAUCUCUUUCAUCCCGCUCGUGGUGCAAGAAUUGACAGAGCGUGGUUUCUGGCGGGCGGCAACUCGGUUGGGCAAGCAAUUUGCAUCUGGUUCACCGUUCUUCGAAGUGUUCGUCUGUCAGAUCUAUGCCAAUGCUUUGCAUCAAGAUCUGUCCUUCGGUGGAGCUCGCUACAUCGGCACUGGUCGUGGCUUUGCGACAGCCCGCAUUCCAUUUGGUGUUUUGUACUCCCGCUUCGCUGGACCAUCCAUCUACUUCGGUGCUCGGUUAUUGAUGAUGUUGCUGUUUGCGACAAUCACAAUCUGGGGUGCUUGGCUCAUCUACUUUUGGGCCUCUCUGCUGGCUCUAUGCAUCUCGCCAUUUUUCUUCAAUCCUCACCAGUUUGCGUGGAACGAUUUCUUCAUCGACUAUCGCGACUUUCUGCGGUGGCUGUCUAGGGGUAACUCUCGAUCGCACUCAUCCUCAUGGAUUGCUUUCUGCCGCCUGUCAAGGACCCGCAUCACUGGUUUCAAGCGCAAGGUCCUCGGUUCCCCAUCGGAGAAACUAUCUGGAGAUGUGCCUCGUGCUCAUUUCACCAGCAUUUUUUUCAGUGAGGUGGUUGGGCCAUUGGUUCUGGUUGCGGUCACGCUGGUCCCCUAUCUGUUCAUCAAUGCUCAGACCGGAGUGCAGGACAAUCCAACGCCGACUGGCUCACUGAUUCGAGUGGCAGCGGUAGCCUUCGGACCCAUUGCUAUCAAUGCUGGUGUUCUGCUCGGUUUCUUCGGUAUGGCUUGUUGUAUGGGUCCUCUCCUCAGCAUGUGUUGCAAGAAGUUCGGCUCCGUCCUCGCUGCAAUUGCCCACGGAAUCGCUGUUAUCAUGCUUCUGGCCUUCUUCGAGGUCAUGUUUUUCCUCGAAGGCUGGGUCUUCGCUAAGGCACUCUUGGGAAUGAUCGCCGUUGUUGCUCUGCAACGUUUCAUUUUCAAGCUGAUCAUUGCUUUGUGUCUUACCCGUGAGUUCAAGCAAGAUUCUGCCAACAUUGCGUGGUGGACCGGCAAAUGGUACUCGAUGGGUUGGCAUUCCGUAUCGCAACCAGCACGUGAAUACGUGUGCAAGAUCACCGAGCUGGGAAUGUUCGCUGCCGAUUUCAUUCUUGGGCAUGUUUUACUUUUCAUCAUGCUGCCUGCUCUCUGCAUUCCAUACAUUGACAAGAUCCACUCUGUCAUGCUCUUCUGGCUUCGCCCAAGCCGUCAAAUUCGACCUCCGAUUUACUCGCUUAAGCAAUCCAAGCUUCGGAAGAGGAGAGUGAUUCGCUUCGCGAUGCUCUACUUCAUCAUGCUUGUUAUAUUUGUUGCGUUGAUCGUUGGCCCUGUUGUUGCCCGAAGAUUCAUCAAUAUACCUAACGGUAUUCCCAUGGACCUACUCCAGCCUACUGGUCAGAACAACAACGAUACCCUUGGGCGCACCCAGACCGGGACCGCUCUGCUUGGUGGAGGUGCCGCAGCUACUGGUGGCAGUGGAGCCGCUGCAGGCACUGCAGAUGGGGGAGCACCCGCGACGACAAGUUCUCCAUUUGAUCGAGCAAGAUUCAUCUAG